UCUCUAUCUUCGCCACUGAUCACAACAACUCAUGGCUCAUGGGAACGAUGACGAAACGGCGUCGCUUUGAGCAUAUGUCAAGCUACAACGUAAACGCUGAAGACCGAUCAAACCAAACCGUAGUCGCCGAUCUUGAUGGAACCCUAACAUCCUCCUCGAGACCACUCCUCUACUUCCUCCUCGUGGCACUCAAAGCAGGAAGCUUGCUUCGUGCGUUGAUCUUACUCGCGUCCGUACCACUCGUGCACCUCACGUAUCUCUUCGUCUCCGAAAGCCUCGCCGUCAGAGUCGCCGUCUUUAUCACAUUCGCUGGCCUUAAGCUCGGCGACGUCGAGCACGUGGCUCGCCACGUCUUAGCAAGAGUCUACGAGAAAGAGUUGAAGCGGGACACGUGGCGUGUUUUCAAGGCGUUCGGGAAACGGUACAUUGUGACGGCGAGUCCUCGGGUCAUGGUCGAGCCGUUCGCUAAGAACUUUCUUGGCGCUGAUAAAGUUAUUGGUACGGAGCUUGGGUUCACAAGGUUUGGUUGGUUAACCGGUUUCGCUAGAAAACCGGGUGUCAUGUUGGGUAAGCAGAAACGCGACGCCGUUUUGAAGGAGUUCAGUGGUGGUGGUGGGAUUGGCUUACCUGAUUUGGGGCUGGGUGAUAGCCAGUCAGAUUACGCUUUCAUGUCUCUCUGCAAGGAGGCUUACAUGGUGUAACGGGCAACAUAUGUGUGACACAGUUUCUAUGUUACUUGCCUUGCUAUGCGACAAUAAUGUUAAUUUUUAAGUAAUUACGUGUGGCAAAAAGCUAAUUCUAAUAAAAUUAUCAGACUACUGUUCUUUUGUUUCCGAUAUUUUACUACAGAUAUUUCGAAGCCAAUAUUAAUUCUCACUUAAAGAUCACAAUGUUUCGGACUGUGCAAACUUUGAGAAUUCAUAUGUUCAUAUUUGAGCUUCAAAACCACACUGAAGAUGCCAUUCCUCCACAAUAUAUGAUUCAAGUCCUUAAUGAGCUAACGGAUGGGAAUGUAUUUAUAAGUGCUUGUGUCGCCCAACAUCAUAUCUGGGCGGUGCAGCUUACAAGUCUAGAAAACUCAUGCACUCAAGGCCGGUUUUGGACAUAAUCAGAUGAAAUAUUAGCUUUAAUCUUCAAUUUUUAAAUAUAUUAUAUUACAUGACUUUAAAUUGGUCAAAAGAAUUAUUUAAAUUAAAUUUAAAAUAUUUAUAGCUUCUUAAAUCUUGGAUUCGGCUCUGCAUGCAUUGGCUAGCAUCAAGAGGCUUUGUUACAAUGGCCCUUGUUCGGUUGCUGCUCAAAGCCUCCAUCUCAAUGCUUAUCACUUGCAAUAAACGACAUGUAACUUAUAUAUUUUUAAAUAUAUUAUAUUACAUGACUUUAAACUGGUCAAAAGAAUUAUUUAAAUUAAAUUUAAAAUAUUUAUAGCUUCUUAAAUCUUGGAUUCGGCUCUGCAUGCAUUGGCUAGCAUCAAGAGGCUUUGUUACAAUGGCCCUUGUUCGGUUGCUGCUCAAAGCCUCCAUCUCAAUGCUUAUCACUUGCAAUAAACGACAUGUAACUUAUAUACUAUCAAUACAAACCGACUUACACUCUAGCUUCGUACAUAUCCAAACUGACAUGUACAUUACGUAUGUCAAAAUGUGAAGACGGUGUUGUUUUGUCUUUUAAGACUUUGUUUAUCUAUCUCCCAAAAGAGCAAAACAGAGCUCAAAACAGAGGAAAACGUAAACAAUGGUGACUCUACUAUCUUUCAUCUUGCUUAUAUUAUUUCUAGUUUUAUUCUCAUUAAUUUACACCAAGAAGAUCAAAGACACGAAGCAGAAUCUACCUCCAAGUCCACCAAAGCUUCCGUUCAUCGGAAACCUACACCAGCUCCAAGGACUGCUCCACAGACGUCUUCUCGAUCUCUCCAAGAAACAUGGGCCCGUGAUGCUUCUCCACCUAGGUUUUGUCCCAGUUCUCGUAGCCUCGUCAAGUGAAGCAGCUGAAGAAGUUCUCAAAACCCAUGACCUAGAGUGCUGUACACGUCCCAAGGCUCUCGGCAUGCAGACCUUUUCUCGCAACGGUAAAGACAUUGGUUUUUCCUCAUACGGCGAGGAGUGGAGAGAGCUGCGCAAACUCGCUGUUCUUGAGUUCUUCAACGCGAAGAAGGUACAGUCUUUUAGGUAUAUAAGAGAGGAAGAGAAUGACUUGACGAUCAAGAAACUGACGGAAUCAGCUUUGAAGCAUUCUCCGGUGGAUUUGAGCAAAACCCUUUUCUCUUUAACUGCGAGUAUAGUAUUCAGAUCAGCCUUUGGACAAAACUACUUCGAAAACAAGCGGAUCAGUAAGGAAAAAAUCGAAGAGCUGAUGUUUGAAGCUCUUGCAAACAUGUCUUUCAAGUUCAGUGACUUCUUCCCUGUUGGUGGUAUUGGAUGGUUUAUAGACUUUGUGUUAGGAGAACAUAAGAGACUUCGUAACGUUUUCCUAGAGGUAGAUAGUUUUGUGAGGAAAGUGGCUGAUGAUCACAAGCAUGGAGUCACAACUCCAGAUCGUCCUGAUAUUGUCGAUGUGAUGUUGGAUAUGAUAAAGAAACAAGAACAAGAUGAGUCUUUCAAGCUCACAACUGAUCAUCUCCAUGGGGUUAUCUCAGAUCUAUUUCUUGCUGGAGUAGACACAAGUUCCAUCAUCAUGAUUUGGGCGAUGGCAGAGCUCAUUAGAAACCCAAGAGUAAUGAAGAAAGCUCAAGAGGAGAUUCGAACAAGUAUUAGAAUCAAACCAGAAGAAAGACUUGCGGAAGAAGAUCUUGACAAGGCACAUUACUUGAAGCUUGUGGUGAAAGAAACCUUAAGACUACACCCAGCUGCUCCUUUGUUACUCCCAAGAGAGACAAUGAGUCCAAUAAAGAUUCAAGGCUACGAUAUUCCUCCAAAAACACUUCUUAUAGUUAACGCAUGGGCGUUAGGACAGGACCCUAAACACUGGAUGAAUCCAGAGGAGUUUAUCCCGGAGAGGUUUAUGGAUUGUCCUGUGGACUAUAAAGGACAUAGCUUUGAGAUGUUACCUUUUAGUUCUGGUCGUAGGAUGUGUCCAGGGAUGGCUUUUGGGAUUGCGACUGUUGAGUUAGGACUCUUGAACUUGCUUUACUUCUUUGACUGGAAAUUGCCAGAGGAGAGUAAAGGUAUGGACAUGGAAGAAUCUGGUGAUGUCACCAUUGUUAAGAAAAGUCCUCUUGAGCUUGUUCCUAUUCUUAGGCCAAAGAAUCUUCAAGAACGAGCACAUGAAGUGUGAGAAAAAAAACAAACAAAAAAAGUGUUUAUUGUAGUAACGGAUCUUGGGUUCAAACCUGAUACCUUUAUAGUCAUAUCAAACCAGCACUACAAGUUUCUGAUGUACUCCAGGAUUGGUUCUGCUAGUACUUCUACUUUUCCUACUCACUUGUAAUAUGGUCCAUUGUGCUAAACCGCUAAAGUAACAAAACACGGUUUGUUGGCAUAAAA